AUGUCCGAAGAGGCCGGUGGCAUUCUUCCGCGCAUGCCGGACCACGCAGCCGCCGCAGCGAGAGCAAGUGCCACCGCCCCACCGCGCAACGUCCUCGCCGUCGACGACAUCCAAGGCGCAAAGUCCAAGUCACACUACGCCUCGCGCUCGAUCCGCAACCCGCUACAGACUGACGACAUCGACGGCGCGCACACAGCCCCGGCUCCUCCCUUUCGCCGCAAUCCGCUCGCCGUCGCCGACAUCAACAACGCCUGCGCCUGGCGCUCCACCCGCCAAACCAACCCGCUCAACCCGCAGUACGUCAUGGGUCCACCGCGCGUCGAUGACUACAUCAUCUCGCACGCCCCACGUGCCCUUAAGUACACCAAGGCUGGCAUGGUAGAGGACAUCGAUCGCUCGCGCGCCAUGCUCCCGGCCAAGGUGGUCAUCGGUGAUGUGGAUGGCUCGCACCCGCCCCCACCGCCACCUGCUGCCCGUCCACCCACCUCUUCGAACACAUCCGCCUUUGCUCACAAGACGGUCGACUCGCCGCGCAUCCGCCGCAUGAAGGGCGAUCGCAAGGGCAACCCGCUCGACCCGGACUAUAUCCUUCUCGAUGGCCAUCACCACGCCGACGCCCCGGCCGCAACUUCGCUGCCUAUGCUCAACGGUAGCGCUGCAGCCGCCCCGCAGCUCGAGCUUCGUCUUGUCGGCCCGCAUCGCUCCGUGGUCGCUCCGCCGCCGUUUGCUGUCGACUCGGCCAACGGUGGGGCUGCUGCACCCGCGCCCAAGCUCCGCCCCGCUCUUGUUGACGACUACUAUCCGUCUUCACAGCGCAACGUUUACAUCCCACCAGCCCGCGGGCGCAAUGGCGACAGGCAGCACGCCGUCCGGCCGGGCACAGGCCACUCGACCAUGCCGGGCUUUGGCAUUGUGUCGGCCGAGGGUGGGACUAUGUUCCGCCGCGACUCUCGGCCAGCCACGGCCGCUAGCCCUGGACGAUCAUCACGACGCCCGGCGGCGGCCACCAACCCAUUCAUGGUUCAGGAGCUGGCGUACGGCGCCAAGACGACCUCCAUCCCACCGGCGUACUACAAGCCGUUCAUGCCCAAGAGCCAGACCACCAUGCACGCCUCGCACAUGACCCAGCGCCAACGCAGGCAGCAAGCAGAACGCCAGGCAGACAUCGAGCUCGUGGCAUCGCUCCCGCUGUAAACCAAGUGAGGAACACCAAACGACCGCACUGCCACGGACGGAACAGGAGAACUCGCUGGGUCAUUGCUCCCCGCAGCAACCAGAGACAAGCGAUCGGACAGACCAGACCCAUCCCACGACCAUCUCAAACGCCCCGACACUGGUAUAGCUCAGUCCAGCUCGCCUC